AUGUCAGAAGUUAUUGAUACCACAACCAAAGUUGAUGAUUCAACAGAAAACAAUAACAAUAUAACCAACAAUGAAAAUCCAGAAAACAAUGAUAAUAAAAAAAGACAAUUUGUAAAUAAAAAAGAAAGAAAACAAAAUAAAAAAAUAAAAUCCAAUCAAAAUAAUCAAAAUAAAGAAAGAAAACCACAAAAUAAAGAUAAUGAAAAUCAAGAUGUUAACGAUUAUGAUGAAAAGAAAGUUAUUUUCAGAGGCAAAUUUAAAUCAUGGAAAAAACACAGUAGAUUAUUUGCAACUGACGAAAAAGUUAAAGGUCUUUUAAUUUGUUGCGACAGCACAAGAGAGGCCCACAGUAUUGGUGAAAUUUUACCAAUUCUUAAUAAUUUUGCAGAUAAAUAUUUCCCAAAAGAAAAUACAGACCAAAACUCAACUAAAGUUAAUUCAUACUAUGAUACAAAAGAACAAAAUUUAGAAGGUACAACAGAGAAUAGCGGCACAGAAAUUAAAAAGAGAAAGAGAUUUGAAUUAAUUAAUUCAGGUUGUAGUGGUAUCUAUUUCAUUAGCAUGACUGUUGAAUCAGUUAGUCCAAUCGAUUUUAUGAAUUGUAUGUUUAUUGAUACCAUUAAACUCCAAUUAAUUAAAAAGAAGUUACCAUAUGAUCAUUUAGACGAGAUCAUUAACAAUUUCCCAGAAUCAACUAAAAAAAUGUUAGAAAAUGCUGACCAAUCCAUUAAAAUUAAUGAAAGAGCAAUUAAAAAGGUUACAUUUACAAGUAAAGUUCAACCAAUUUUACAAACUUGUUGUUCAGUCGAUUUAAAUGAUAUGAUGAAAGGAAUUAUUGAAAAUACAAUUAACAAAGAUAAACCAAAAUCUUUUGCAAUCGAAAUUAGAAGCAGAAAUAAUAUUCAUUUUGAUAAACAUCAAGCUAUCAAAGAUAUUGCCGCAAUGGUAGAUCCAUCAAUUAAAGUUAACCUUAAGUUCCCAGACACUCUUAUCCUCAUCGAGGUUGUUAAAUCAUCUGCUGUAGCUUCAGUUAUUCCACAAUAUAGAAAUUUAUUUAAAUUAAAUCUUAGAGAAUUGGUCAGAUUCGGAAAUAGUGCCAAUAAAAAAGUUGAAGAACCAGAAUCAAAAGUAGAAGAACCAAAAGUAGAAGAAUCAAAAGUCGAAGCAUAA